UUGAAGCUGUACUGGACUUGAGGUGAUGGUCUUGUGAUGGUGGAAUGACGUCAUUUUCCCGCCAGUAGAGAUCAUGUGACGGGUUUUUUUUUAACAGAUUAUAAAAGGUAAACCCCACCCUGUGAGGAGGGGCAGUUCGUGGCUGGAUUUGCCAAGUUGACUUCAUGCCACUGCGUGUUUGAAGUGAUGACGCAGUUUAGUUGAAGGAUGAAGUUUUUAUUUAAUGCCUAAAGUUUAAAAGGUUAAUGCCAACAGGUUCUUCAUGAUUCUGUUUGUUUGAGAAUUAAAGGAGAGUGAAGAUUCAAGGUUGGAAGUUAAAGAUCGAGGAGAAUCGCUUUCUACGGUGAAACGAGGGCGACCUUUGUUUGAUCCUUAUUUGGAAGGAUUUCGUUGACUAUCUUCGUGUUAAUCCCUAGGUUUACCUAGAAAGGAUUGAAGGUAGUGGAGAAGGAAAGGUCAGUGCCUUUAAGCCGUUCUGUUUCGUAAAUUCUUCGUGGGAAUUUCGACGUCGGGAAUCGAAGCAAGCGACGUGAAAGAGAACUUAAAUCGUCCUGUAAAGUCUCUCCUUUUAAAUGGACUGUGAGCAUAUCGAACUUUUGGCAAUAUCACUUUAAGAACUGUUUUGGAAUAUCACUUUAAGAACUGUUUUGGAAUAUCACUUUAAAGAACUGUUUUGGAAUAUCACUUUACGAACUGUUUGAACAGCCGCUCAGCAGCUGUUUCCGGUUACGGUAGUGUUUGUUUACUUUUGGGGGGUUUGUUUUCUGUGUUUAAUAAACGUGUUGUUUUAUUAUAGGAAACCCUUGCCGAACUCAUAUAUUUAUUGUUGCCUGAAUACGUAACAUUAAAUAUGGGGGCUGCGUCGGGAUUGAAUUUUUUGAGUUUACAUGCUUGCUAACUUUUAAAUCGGUGUUUUGGAAACGGGGAUUACUCGGUUCUUUUGUUUGGCUUGUUGUGGUAUUCGGCAGCAAUGAAUAUUGAUGAGUUUCUGGCUUCGCCAGCUGCAGAGGUGUUGGCGAAGGCGAAAAAAACUGAGGUGUUUGAGAUAGCUAGUAGAUUGCAACUUAAAGGUAUUUUGCAGACUACUUCUAAGGCUGUAAUACAGAGGAAAAUCGCGUCACACUAUGUGGAUUCGGGUGUUUUUGAUGAAUCGAUUUUAGAGUCGUUUCAAAUAAGUAAACUGGAGAUGCAGUUGCAAAUCGAACAAAUGAAAUUGGAACAAAGUAAAGCUGAUUUGGAGAGGUGUAAAUUGGAGGCAGAACAAAAGAAGAGAGAAUUUGCAUAUGCAAUGGAGGAAUUAAGGACUGGAAAUCAGUCUUCUGGUUCUAAAAAAACGUUUGUUGCUAGUCAAGAAAUUAAAUUGGUCCCUCCAUUUAGUGAAACAGAAGUGGAAAGGUAUUUUCAACAUUUUGAAACUAUUGCUCGGAUGUCAGAGUGGCCGAAAGAUAAAUGGUCAGUGUUGUUACAGAGUGUAAUUAAAGGCAAAGCACAACAAGUUUACACAGCUUUAACAGCUGCGCAAGCACUUGAUUAUGAUAUUGUAAAGAGUCAUAUUUUAAACGCAUAUGAGUUAGUCCCAGAAGCAUAUAGGGAAAGAUUCAGAAGUUUGAAAAAGUCUGUGGAAAAAACUUAUGUGGAAUUUGCCUAUGAUAAAGCUAUGUGUUUUGAGAGAUGGGUUUCUUCUAAAAAUGUAAAUGGGGACUAUGAUACAUUGAGAGAGCUGAUUUUAAUGGAGGAAUUUAAAAGAAGCAUUCCUGUUGAAGUAAGGACCUACUUAAAUGAGAAGGAUACUGAUAAAUUGCAGGACUGUGCUAGAUUAGCUGAUGAGUAUGUUUUGAUCCAUAAGAACAAAUUUCCUCAAGGCAGAAUUUUUAAGAGGAAAAAUAACAUGGAGACUCCAGAUAAAUUUGAAAUUAAAUCGGGGGUUAAUGAGAAAGUUGAUGAGAAAGGAAAGCCUGUGAAGGAAAGACAGUUUGGUCUUACUUGUAACUAUUGUAAGAAGCCUGGCCAUGUAAUAGCUAACUGUUUCAAAUUGAGAAAGAAAGAGAAGGAAGCAGUUCCAGAUGCUUGUGUGCAACAUACUGAAGCACAUGUAAAGUUACAGGGUUUGAUAAAAACAAAUGAGGCUUUGUUAGAGUCUGACCAAGUUAGAAAGGGAUAUGAUCAUUUUGUAACUGAAGGGUUUGUAUCCUUGAAGGAAGGAUCUACUCUGGUGCCAAUAAAAAUCCUUAGGGAUACUGGUGCUUCUCAGUCAUUGAUGUUAGACAGUGUGUUGAAGUUUAAUGAAGAGUCUGAUACUGGUGAGGUAAAUUACAUAAGAGGUGUUGGAAGUGAUUUUAUGCCUGUACAUUUACAUAAAGUAAAUUUAAAGUCAGGGUUAGUUACUGGAUUUGUUAAAGUAGGAUUACAGCAUAGCUUACCUGUGAAUGGUAUUUCUUUAUUGUUAGGUAAUGACUUGGCAGGUGGACAAGUUUUUCCUGAAGUGAAUUUGACAAUGGAGUCAGAGGAACCAGAGUUGAAUUCUAACACAGAUUCUUCCUGUGUUGUGACUAGAGCUAUGGCUAAAAAGAUUGAUGCGCAGAAUGAGGUUAUUAUUCAGGACUGUUCAACUCAGGAUUCGAGUUUUGAGGAUGUGUCAGAGACUUUCUUAUCUUCGUUGUUUGAACAAGAUUCUGGGAAUUGUUUAUAAAUUGGGAGCUAAGCAAAUCACUUCGUCUGCAUACCAUCCAGAAUCGCAGGGUGCCUUGGAGAGGUUUCAUUCUACCCUCAAGAAUAUGAUUAGGACAUUUUGUGUGGAAAAUGAAAGUGACUGGAAUGAGGGUAUAAACUUACUUUUAUUUGCAGUAAGGGAAUCGGUACAGGAAUCUUUAGGUUUUAGUCCAUUUGAACUUGUGUUUGGGCAUAGAGUUAGAGGACCUUUAGCUUUGUUGAAAGAACAGUGGAUUAAUAAGGAAGUACACACUAAUUUGUUGGACUAUGUGUUGAAAUUUAAGGACAGGUUACAUAAAGCUUGUAGUUUAGCUAAGGAAAAUUUAAAGUUGGCUCAGGAGAAAAUGAAGACUUGGUAUGAUAAAGACGCUAGGAUGAGGAUGUUUAAGCCUGGAGAUAAGGUGUUGGUUCUUUUCCCAGUGCAGACAAAUCCUUUACAAGCUAGAUUUCAUGGUCCUUAUGAAAUUGUGUCUAAAAUUAAUGAUGUGGAUUACGUGGUAAAAACUCCAGAUCGUAGAAGGUCAACACAACUUUGCCAUAUAAAUAUGUUGAAACCAUAUUUUGAGAAACAAUCUGAUACUGUGACUGUUGUGGUUAGUGAGAAUGAGUUUGAUUUAACUAGGAACGUGAUAGAUGAUUCAUCUGACUUUCAUUCUAAAUCCAACAUUGUUUCUGUUAGGUUACCAAAUUCAACCAUUCUGGAAAAUAUUGAUGAAAAAUUAGCACAUUUACAGUUAGAGCAGAGACAACAGAUGAAGGAGUUGAUUUUUAAAUAUAGGGAGUUGUUUCCAGAUGUUCCGAGAAGGACUUCUAUAGCUUCACAUGAUGUAGAUGUUGGGGAUGCCAAACCUAUUAAACAACAUCCAUAUAGGAUGAACAUGGAAAAAUGUGAACUUGCUGAGAAAGAAAUUGAAUACAUGUUAGAGAAUAAUAUCAUUAGACAUUCUAACUCAAAUUGGAGUUCGCCAUGUGUUAUGGUGCCAAAGCCAGAUGGUAGUAUUAGGUUUUGUACGGAUUAUAGGAAGGUGAAUGCUGUAACGAAAACAGAUGCAUAUCCAAUUCCUAGAGUAGAUGAUUGUGUAGAUAAAGUUGGAAAGGCAAAGUUCCUUACAAAGAUUGAUUUAUUGAAAGGGUAUUGGUGUGUUCCAUUAACGGACAGAGGUAGAGAGAUUUCUGCAUUUGUAACUCCAUCUGGGUUAUAUGAGUAUAAUGUUCUUCCAUUUGGGAUGAAGAAUGC